AGAUCAUCCUAGGAUCUGCAAUCCAGAGUAAUAGGCAAACUACAGCCUGAAAUCUGAAAGUCGGAAACAAUGGAGACAUCUUAGAGCUAGAAAUAGAAGGGGGUCUACAGGGUUAGCUCUCAGGAGACGGAAGCAAGCUACUUGCUUUCUCUUGAAUCCCAGGAGCAAGGCUAAAGUUAAUUCAUGAGGAAACACAGAGGAAGCAAACAUUUCUACAUGUGGAGGGACCUGUCUUACCCCUUCUUCAUUUCUACUUUUAGUCAUUAGGCUGCAGGACCUUGACAUUUAAGCUUUGGCUGUUGCUACCUGGGCAAAGCUUGCCUUCUGGUGGGUGGACAAUCCCUGCUGUGAUCGUCCUCUCAACGGAAGGAGCCAGGAUUUAGGAUGGUGCUGACCUAGAUCUAGUAGGUAGGACACUGAAAAGGCUGAAGGGCGUUUUCGUACGUAGGGGGGUCUUACACAUUCACUGCCUAUGCUGUGUGUGGCACAGAACACUGCUAAUGGCCAAAGUAUUUACGGACCACCAACUCUGGGCCCCUUGGCGGCCCCGGAGGGCAGCCGGGAGAAGUACCCCGGAGGCCACCGGAAGUCUGUUUCAAUAAAAGGAUCCCCAGUGCUACUCCUUCCGGGGCGGAGGUAACCAUGGCGGCGGCUUUGGCUCGGCUCGGACUACGGCCGGUCAAGCUGGUUCGAGUUCAGUUCUGCCCGUUUGAGAAGAACGUGGAGUCAACAAGGACCUUUCUCCAGGCGGUGAGCAGCGAGAAAGUCCGCGCCACCAACCUCAACUGCUCUGUGAUCGCCGACGUGAGGCAUGACGGCUCUGAGCCCUGCGUGGACGUGUUAUUCGGAGAUGGGUAUCGGCUGAUUAUGCGAGGAGCCCACCUCACCACUCAGGAAAUGUUAAGUGCCUUGGCCUCUCACAUUCGGGCUAGGAACGCUGCCGCAGCAGCAUCUGCACCCAGCGCAGACAAGGUCGCCCCAGGUACGGGUACCCGCCGAUGACAUUGUAGAAGAAUCCCAACAACCGACGUUGGCUUGAAACUAAAGACAGUGGUUUAAGAAGAGCUGGGCUUAAUCACUCUAAAUGCUGCAUGGAGGUCACGAUACUGAGCAAGAACCCUAACAACAGUGCUGCUAGGGCGAGAUAAGAUUGGGUGGUGAAGGGUCCGUACCAAUUUGAAUUUUUCUUUCUCACUGCUUAACCAUAUUUGAAUCUGUCUGUCACGUACAUUUUAAUUAAAUAUUUAUUGUCAAAUGAA